AAAUUCAGUCAGUUGACCGCGAGGCUUCGCGAGAGUGGACGUGUUUAAAGAACAGUAUUAGCGCGCUUCCAAUAUCCGCGUAAAACUUUUCGCUUAUUAAAAGUUAACGUGAAAAGUUAUAUACGUUAAAUAUAUUUUAAAUUAGUGUAUAGGAGGUUGGAAGCGGACGAAAAUUGUAUACCCGAAAAUAACAAGCAGACGUGAUAUUCCCAAUGCGGGCUGCUGCGUGACGGCAGCAUCGUCACGAUGCGCCAAUGUCUACUCACGCUCAUACUGCUAUGUAUCUCAGUCAGAGAUAUAACAGGUAGCUGGGAAGAAUGGUGGACCUACGAUGGUAUUUCAGGUCCCGGGUUCUGGGGUCUGAUCAACCCGCAAUGGAGCAUGUGCAACAAGGGUCGGCGGCAGAGUCCUGUCAACAUCGAGCCGGACAAACUACUUUUUGACCCCUGGCUGAGAGACAUACAGUUCGACAAACAUAAGGUCAGUGGUGUUCUCCAAAACACCGGUCAAUCGCUCGUGUUCAGAGUUGAAAAGGACAGUAAGCACCAAGUCAACAUCAGUGGAGGACCCCUCUCCUAUAGAUACCAGUUCGAAGAGAUUUACUUUCACUAUGGAUUGGAUGAUAACAGGGGAUCCGAACAUCAGAUCGACCACCAUACGUUUCCAGGAGAAAUUCAACUCUAUGGCUUCAACAAGGAACUGUACCAUAAUAUGUCGGAAGCGCAACACAAAUCGCAAGGAGUGGUGGGCAUCUCACUAAUGGUUCAAAUCGGAGAACCAACGAACAAGGAACUGCGUCUUAUAACGAGCGCUUUUAACAAAGUGAUGUUCAGAGGUAGUUCAUACCCGAUCAAACACCUACCUCUCAGUUCCUUACUACCCAAUACCCAGCAGUAUUUGACGUAUGAAGGUUCUACUACCCACCCGGGUUGCUGGGAGACAGCUGUAUGGAUCAUAUUCAAUAAACCUAUCUAUAUAUCUAAGCAAGAGAUGUACGCAAUACGACGCCUAAUGCAAGGAUCCCAGCUGACUCCAAAAGCGCCACUCGGUAACAACGCCAGGCCUGUCCAGCCGCUUCAUCACCGCACCGUGCGCACGAACAUCAACUUUAACAAGCAAGGAAUGCCCGUAUCAAGCAAUUGCCCUGACAUGUAUCGCAACAUGCACUAUACAGCACGUUAUUCCCGCAAAGCACGUUCGAAAAAAAGUAUUGCAUGCAAACGAAAGGGUGCACCAAAGAGAGCAUGUCACAAAAAAUAGCAACUCAGUGGCCCAGAGAACACAGUAUGCGGUAUAGAAGUGCGGAAGACUUGGCAAUGCUCUCAUUGAACUAACAACUAAACUUGGUCACUUGGUACUGAAAUACAAAAUAUUAUCUUAGACCAAUUGUCCUAUAAAAAUGAAUGCGUUAUGUUCAUUUAAAAUUUGUUUAAAUUAAAAUACAAAACAACAAAGAAAAUUAUAUUGUUACCAAAUGAUUAUUCGAUUUUCAAAAUUAGAUGUGUUCUAAAAGAAAUAUUUUUAUCUAAAAACAUUAUUAUAUUAUUGUAACGUAUUAAUAAAGUUUUUGAAUGUUUCGACUGUAUUAAUACGCAGUAGAAAACGCUUUUGAGUAGUUGUAAAACGUCAAUUUUAUAGACAAUAUCCCCAAUAAUAUAAUGAAAACUUUCAUGACAUAUUGUUUUAUGAAAAAAAAAUACAGUAGGCAAAUGUUGUCAUAAUAAAAAAAGCUUAUUAAUAUUCUAAUGAAAUCUUCGCUAAAAUUACUUGUAAAUGUUAUAUAAUGAGAAUGUAUAUAUAUGUAAUAUAUAGUUAAAAAAAUAUCGUAAUUCGUCCACAAAUUGGAAUGUAUUUAACGCAAAUAAAUUUAGACCUUAAAUAAAUUGCUUAAGAGUUUAUUUCGAAUAUCAAAUAGAAUAGAUGUUGACGCAAAACUCUAUAAAAAAUAGUAUAAAUGGAUAGUAUACGUAAAAUUAUAAUAUAGUGUAGUUUUUCAACAUUUAUAAUAUAUACUGUCAAUUGUUUAAGCAAUUUAUAAUUAAGCGUGAAGUAUACAAAGUAAAGCUUAUGAAUAAAUUGGUAUCUUAUAUUAGAAAUAAAAUAAAAUAAAACACUCUUUAUAUCAAAACUCCGGUUGAGAAAGAUGGAUUUUGUAAAAUUUUAUUUUAUAAAAUUAUCGUUAAAUAAGCUGCUUGUGUGCGUUUAAAUGCGUAUUAUAUAUGUACGAAUAUAAUGUAGUGAAUGUUACAAGUAAUGUAAUUAUAAUCAUGUUGUAGUAUAGAAGCUGUGUUGUCAUCACGUAAUGAGUUAUGAAAAUAAAAUAUUUAACAUGAGAUAUUAAA